GUCUCUCCUUGUGCCCUGGCGCUGUCGACCAGCGCCAACGCCUGCCUCUCCGAGACCGGCGUCUGGGGGGCGCCGGUGCCGCUGGGCGCGGCGGCCGUCGCCGGGGGCCUGGGCAUCCUGCUCGGCGUCCUCGCGGUGCUGCUGGUGCAGGCGACCAUCUGCACGUGCUUGGUGUCGGUGCGGAUCUGCCUGUGGGGCUUUUGGAAGGCCACGCCGGCGCCUCCGCGAGUCGAGCGGCCGGAGCAGCUGGCGCCCGUCGCGGGCGCGCCCGUGCAGGCAGGGGACGUGGUGUUCCUCGACUACGGGGAGGCAGGGGAACCGUGGCAUGAGAGGCUGAUCCUCGCUUCUUUGGGCGGGGCGAAGUAUCUGGUGCUGACCCCCGACGAGGACAUGUACGAGGAGGAGAUCGACACGCGCAGCGUGGCUGACUUCCGGCAGGCGGGCCCGCGGGGCGGCUUGCCGGCCGGCCUUGGGGCAGCUAAGGGCCAGCCGGUCUACCGCCUCACGGAGCGGCCGCGCGGCGCUGCGCUGCAAUCGUGGAUCGACGCGGCGGAGGAUCAGGCCGUGGAGCUGCGCGCGGCGCGGGGGCUCGCCGAGGAGCCUGAGCCUCCGCCCUUGGCUGACGGGGGCGCUCCCUCGGGGGCGGGCGCCGCAGGCUCCGGCGCGACUGGCGAGCGGGCCGACUGGGUCUGCGUGGCCCCCGAGGGCGACGUCAAGCGGGGCGCGGUGUACUCGCUCCCGGACUCGCUCGACGCGCCGUCGGAGAACUUCAUGGCGUUCGGGCAGCACGGGCUCUACGACUUGGGCCGUCGCGGCAAGUCGGCGGCCCUGGUCAGGCUGGCGCCGGGCGAGACCGCGGACGAGGCCAUGCGGGCCUUCGUGGCGACCGCGGCGCCGGAGGCUGUCGGGGGGGCGCCGACGCCGCCGCCCGCCGAGGACGCCCGCACGCUGGCGAUCAAGCGGGACGCGGCCGGCCGCCGCUUCCAGGACCUGAAGUGUGUGGCGGACUCAUCGGAGCAGUGCGAGUUCGAGGACUGGGCGCUGUCUGGGCCCCGGACUGCCUUGUACGUGGUGAAGGAGAUUGCCAAGCAAAGCGGUGGCCCGGUCCAGCGCCACACCACUUGGAAGCACGAGAACAAGCUCAACGAUGACGAGCAUAGCGUGGUGGCCCACGAAAUGCUGUCGGAGAUUUUGGAGCUGGCUUGCACCUACGACCAGGUCGACGUGGCCAACCUGGCGAGCAUGGAGGCGCUCGCGAGGCACCUGCAGUUCCUGGAGCACAAGAUCAAGAAGAAGAAGGAGACGAUCAAGGAUUUCGAUUCCCAGGACUACUACCUGGGCCGCACCAGGAGGACGGGCGGGGCCAUCAUCAGCCCGGAGCUGCUGAAGUGGGUCGCGGAGUCCGCGGCCCGGGAUUCGGCCAUCUUGAAGGAGGAGCGCGAGGCUGCGGAGGAGCCGCUGGAGCGCAUGGUGCCGAGGGAUCUGCUGCCCUUGCCCUUGGUGCCCGCGCCGCCGGCUCGGGGCGCGCGGUCGUUGCCGCGCCGCUCCGCCCAGAGGAUCGGCCGCAGGUCUGCUGUUGGCCGCCGCGUGAAUGACUGCAUCGCCGCCCUGAACAACCUGCACGGGGAGGGCGACUUUUGCUCGAAGGCCCGUCCUUCGGAGGCACAAUUUUCUGCUGUGGACAUGCUCUGGCAGGCCGUGUCGGACGACAAGCCGCCGGACGACGCCCCCAGCCCCGAGGCAGCCCUCGUGGAGUUGCUCGGCACGGGUAGUCUGGGCUAUGGCCCCGACGGCCCCACUGUGGUUGCGCCGUAUGAUCGCGGCCUGGUUUCGUGGCCUGAGUCGGCGGGCUGCGUCAGCUUGCUGGAGGUGCUGCCGGAGCCAGACCGCCAGGAGGUGAUCGACGGUAAGAAUUCGAUGAUGCUUCGCGCUGAAGAGGUUCGCCCGGGCGCCACCAAGGUGUACUGGGAUAAGACCUUGCAAUCCGACACGGACGAGUACCAGCGGUUCGUGCAGGACCUGCUGGACCGCGGCAUGGUGGAGCUGCGGACUCGUCGCGAUUUUGAAGUGGGAGUCUUCUUCGUGAAGAAGAAGUCGGGCCGCCUGAGGCUCAUUGUGGACGCUCGGGCUGUCAACCAGGCGCUGAAUCGGCCGCCGACGAUCCACAUGGCGCCCACCGCGGCGCUAGUGAACAUGGAGGUCGAGGACGGCUCCCAGCUGGAGUUCUCGAUCCAGGACAUCGCGGACUGCUUCUACCAGUUCCGCGUGCCGGACUACAUGGUGCCGUGGUUCGGCAUGCGCCCGCUCAGGGCUAGGCAUCUGGGCGUGAAGGUGGUCGACGGCCUCGCGGUCUCAGAGGGGGCGUGGGUCUACCCAUGCCUGCGGGUGCUGCCCAUGGGCUUCGCGUGGGCCAUGCGCUGGACGCAGCAGGCGCACCGCGAGCUGCUGCGGCGAGGAGGCCUCGGUGGCAUCGAGAGCGAGCUGGUGGACGGGCAGAUCGCUCCGAGCGUGGACUCGCCUCAGGUGCCGAGGGUCGUCUACGUGGACAACGAGAUCUUCGUCUCGUCGCGACCGGGCGCCACCCGGGGUGCGAGGAGGCAGGCGGCCAAGGUGAUGGCCGAGGCCGGGCUGCCGCUGCACGAGGUCGAGGAGAGCAAGACGGUCGUGGAGGCGCUGGGCCUGGAGCUGGAUGGCAUCAAGCUGCGGGCCCGGCUGGCGCGGGCCAAGCGCUGGGGGCUCGGGCUGGGCACCCAGGAGCUGGCCAACGCGCUGCACCUCAUGCCGCUGCUGGCCGUCCAGUUCGAUCUGCCGUGGUCCGGGCGCGUCACCUGCUCCGAUGCCACGCUGCGCGGCUAUGCGGUGCAGGAGGCCGACAUGGAGCCGUCGGCCGUGCGGGAGGUUUACAUCAUGUACACCCGGCUCUGCCUCUACGGGUUCCUGAAGGCCUCAGUGGUGCCCCUCGUCGUCAAGCGCUUCGGGAUCUACCUCUGGCUGGGGCCCCCUGGGCCGCUGGGGCCGCUGCUGAGGGCUGCUGGGGCGAGGAGUCAGGCUGCCCUGCAGGCGGCGAGGGCGCGGUCGGUCGGGACUGGUGGGCUCACGACGCUGGAGCAGGAGAGCAUCACCCAGAAGACGAGGCAGGACUACGAGAGGAGGCUGGAGCGGUUCGACGUCUUCUGCAGGACCCACGGGCUCACCACGGCGAGCGACGUCGAGCUGGAGGAGGCCGUGCUGCUGGCCGCGAUAGGGCAUCGCGACCCAAGGCUGCACCACGCGGGCAGGCUGCUGAAGCUGCCCCGCGUGGCGAGGGCGCUGCAGGGCUGGCGGAGGCUGGUGCCGCCGCUGACGCGGGCGCCGGCGCCCUGGGCGGCGGUGGCGGCCAUCGCGGUGGCCCUGAUCUACCUCGGCCAGCGGCGCGCGGCCCUCGGCGUGGUGCUCGCGGCGGGCGCCUACCUGCGCCCAGGGGAGCUGCUGACCCUCCGGGCGGACCACGUGGUGCCGGCGCAGCCGCAUGCCGGGGGCGACUACCGCUUCACGUCCCUGGUGUUGAGGCCCGAGGAGGAGCUGCAGUCAACCAAGACAAGGGGCUUCAACGACUCGAUCCUGCUCGACAGCCCCGCAAGGUCUUUUGUCGGGCCCCUGCUGGAGCAGAUCGCAUCCCAGUCGCAGCCGAUGGAGCUCCUUUCCGUGUUGACGCCGUACAUCCUUCGCCACUCCGGGCCGUCCCACGAUUGGCUCACCAAGGCAAGGAGCCUGGAGGCCAUCGAGCGCAGGGGCCGCUGGGCGUCCGACCUCAGCGUCAGGCGCUACGAGAAGGGCUCCAGGGUGACGCGCCGCCUGGCCUCGCUCGACCGCGGCCGGCAGCUGCUGCUGGCCGAGGCCGACCGGCUGCUCGAGGGCGCCCUGAAGGACGGGCGCACCGGCGGCUUCGCUCGGCUGCUCCGGGACGUAGGCCUCGUGUGA